AUCUCUAUUUCUAUUCCGAGACUUAUCUGCAAAGAUAAAUAUGUGAGGGUAUUAUAGGCAAGAACUACACAAGGAAGGUCUAUACUUCUUUCCAGCUUAGUGUUUAGAGAUAAAUAGUCAUAGAAACCGGCUGGCAGUCUACAGUAACUCGCCAGACUCUUUUAUUUCUCAGGUGUUUUGGAGAAUAAAUGAGGUUACAAUGGCCAUCUCUCCUAGUCUCCUAAUUAUCGCUUUCGCCGGAAGCUUUUUUAAUGAGCAUGUAAUCUCCAGCAGUGACAAAGAUGAUCGUGAGUUUUUUCUUGAGAAAGAUCUCCAGGCUCGAAGACGAUGUCCUGCAACUCAAACAAAUGCUGUUAGACUUCAUGGCUGAAGGAAAGCCAAGGGUAAACAGGGAAGCGGAAACCGAUUUUGUUGCAUCUAUGGUUACUCAGCAUGACCAAGACAUUACAAAUUUAAUUUCGGAUGUUCAAGGUCUAAAAGAGUUAACAGGUUCCACUUUUGUACGAUGGGGUAGAAACGAGUGUCCAGAUAACGCUACGCUAGUUUACAGAGGAUUCACCUCCGCCUCUCAUUACGACGACACGGCGUCGACACCCAACCGGUUAUGUCUGACAGACACUCCAGGGUUCGACAGCACGGACAUGUACGGCGACUUCUACCAGCGCGUGUUUGGUGCCGAGUACUUCGUCACCGGACCCAACCACACCGUCGUGCCCUGCGCCGUCUGCCGUACCCCUCAGCCCACCACCAUCAUGGUCCCGGGUACGUGGAACUGCUCGGAGGGUUGGGACACACAGUACAUCGGACACAUCAUCGGCCACUUCUUCACCGAUAUCAGAGCUUCGGAGUACAUCUGCCUAGACGCCGAGCCAGAGGAUGCUGACGGGAACGAGGCUGGGUGGGACUCCGGUCUCGCAAUGUAUGCGAUAAUCUCGUGCGGUUCUCUCCCUUGCCGCCAUACGAGGCUGACGAGGUUGUCACGUGCGUUGUGUGCUCCAAGUAGAUUGAAAGGGGGAACUUUGCUUUACAACUUUAUAAUUCAGUUCACAGCGAGACGAAAAAAAACAAAAUUACAGUGAAGAAAUAAAGAGAACUCUACUGUACUUUUUAUCCUUCAAAGAAAGGCACAAAUAAUAUCGAGGAAUUACGCCCACCAAAAAAAUUAUGUUCACAAACAUUGCAGCACUGAAAUUAAAAAAUUUAAACAGUUCGCAUCCGUACGGGGGAAAUGUCAUUUGUAUUAUUAUUAUUAUUAUUAUUAUUAUUAUUAUUAUUAUUAUUAUUAUUAUUAUUAUUAUUAUUAUUAUUAUUAUUAUUAUUAUUGGUGCUGAGGAUUGAGUGAAAACAUCAUAAAAUUGACAUUGAAAGAAACUCGUACUGCCUUUACAAUAUUAAAAUGCAAAAAGCAAACAAAACCCACGAAGAGCUAGCUACGGAAAAAAACGGCCUGUUACUUAUUUCUUAGGUUUUUAAACAUUAAGAGUACAAAAGAAAAAUGUAAAUCUGAAACUUUUACCAUUCUUGACAAUAAAAUCUAUAACAUAUUAUACUUUACUUUAGUGAGACAUUCCUACUAAAAUAAAUAUUUUUUUAGUUGAAGGGAGGCUACUGUGCACUGGGAUAUUUAACAGCAGUACUACUUCCCUUGUACCCUUCGUUAAAAGUUUGCAGACUAGGUGAUGAGAGACUGAGUCUCAUGGAGAUAAUACUUUAAAGAAUAACAAAAUUUUAUUUUUAUUUUGAAGAGAGCUCCGUAAAUGCCAUCUUUUUGCUAUCUUGGAAAUAACAAGAAAUGAAUUAAAAUAUAUAAAUUUCAUUUUUGUACAUGAGUAUUUCUCAAGCUUCAAAGAAUUCUGUCCUAUAAAAGAACUGUUUGCAUUUCAGGUUUCAAGAAAACUAGGCAAACCGUAUAAAAAUAAUAAUAUAAAACACAGCAGAAGGAACUAGUUCACUUAAAUGUUUCUUGUAGCUGUCCUUAAGAUUUUCCAAUUUUUGUUCAGACAGAAGAAUGAAAAAAAAAAAAAAUAAAUAAACCCAGCUGCGUAUUUAAAAGCUUCGUCUGCAGUAGCAUGUACAUGUUAAGGAAAAACAAAUAACAGUAUGUAAAGCAUGUU